AGUUUCCAGUGUACUUUUUAAAAUGAACGUAUGAGCGGUGACAUUUCCAUCGCUGCCCCUGAAGAUACCUCACUCCUGUCAUGCAAGAGUCCAUUCAAUUGGGAAAUUUGGCAGUAAGUCGACUAACACACCAUCACAGGAGGAGUUAACCUGUAGCAAAGCGUGUGGUUAAUCUUCUCUGUGCUCAGCCACGGGCUUCAAAGUGCUGCCUCACAGGUUGCUCUCAGCCAGUCUGGACGUUUCCUAAACUGAGCACAACUUCAAGCCAGGGAUGAGAAUAUCUGUACUGUCCAAGAAGCUGUGGUGCGUCCACAAACAGCUAAUCCUUGUGCUCACUCCGCUCGUGUUUCUGCCUUUACUUUUUACUCUACCGGAGAAGGAGGGAAAAUGUCUUUACGUGGUGGUGCUCAUGGCUAUGUUUUGGUGCACGGAGGCUCUCCCUCUUGCUGUCACAGCCAUGCUUCCAGUCUGCCUCUUCCCAACACUGGGAAUUCUUCCAGCCAAAAAAAUCUGCCCUCAGUACUUCAUCGAGACCAAUUUUCUCUUCCUCAGCGGCCUUGUGUUGGCAUCAUCGAUUGAGGAGUGGGGCCUGCAUCGCAGAAUAGCCCUAAAGGUCCUCAGUAUUGUUGGAGUAAAACCAGCCUGGCUCAUUCUGGGAAUGAUGCUGACCUCAUCCUUCCUGUCCAUGUGGCUCAGUAACACCGCCACAACAGCCAUGAUGCUCCCUAUCGCAAAUGCCAUCCUGGAGAGCCUGUUUGGUGAUCUGGAAACCCUAAAACAAAAGUGCAAGUCUGUCGAGGAUCACGAGAGUGCCAUAAUAAAUGGUCAGUCUACUGUAAAGCUGCAUUCACUGCCCUCAGUGCCAACAGAAAAACAAAUAAUGGCAACAGAAGGGACUGAUACACCAGAACUGACGGACCCGAGGACAGCUGAGGAGAGCCGAGCAGAGGCGCAGUAUCAGCUCAAAGUCUGGAAGGGGUUUUUGAUUUGUAUCCCUUAUGCUGCCAGUAUCGGAGGAACCGCCACACUGACGGGCACGGCACCUAACCUCAUUCUGAUUGGACAGCUGAAAAGCUACUUUCCAGACUGUGAUCUUAUCAAUUUUGGCUCUUGGUUUGCAUUUGCUUUCCCACUCAUGCUCCUCUUCCUGUUUUUGGGAUGGCUAUGGAUUGCAUUUCUCUACGGAGGAUUGAAUACAAGAUUGUGCAUCACAAAACAAGACAGGAGAACCCAGGCAGAAGCCAGAGCCAAGGCACUGAUAAAGGAAGAUUACAGAAAACUAGGGCCCAUAAACUUUGCAGAGGGAGCCAUCUCUUUCUUUUUUGUACUGUUUGCCGUUCUCCUCUUCACAAGGGAUCCAAAGUUUGUGACCGGCUGGUCUGUGUUUUUUAAAAAAGGGUACGUUUCGGAUGCAGUCACCGGUGUCAUCAUUGUGUCUAUACUGUUCUUUUUUCCUUCACAAAAGCCUUCCCUGAGAUGGUGGUCCGACCCUCAAGCUCUAAACACUCCUUAUGUGCCUCUCCUUUCCUGGAAAAAAGCCCAGGAAUCGGUUCCUUGGAAUAUCAUUAUGCUGCUUGGAGGCGGCUUUGCCAUGGCCAAAGCUUGUGAGGAGUCUGGACUCGCGUCCUGGAUGGGAGGCCACCUCCAGCCUUUGGCUCAAGUCCCUCCUGCUGCAGCUGUGAUGUUGAUCACUGCUUUCCUGGCUUGUUUCACUGAGUUUGCCAGUAACACUGCCACCAUUAUCAUAUUUUUACCUGUCAUUGCUGAACUGGCUAUUAAUGUCUCAGUGAACCCUCUGUACUUCAUGAUACCUGCCACAGUAGGAUGUUCAUACGCCUUCAUGCUGCCAGUGUCCACACCACCCAACUCAAUUGCCUUUGCAUCUGGACACCUUAUGGUGAAAGACAUGGUGAAAACUGGCUUUGUGAUGAACAUCCUGGGUAUCCUGUCAGUCACUCUGGCAAUGAAUACGUGGGGCAUUGCCAUGUUUAAUUUGAAUACUUACCCUGAAUGGGCUCUCCCAUUUAACAAGUCUGCUCUUGUGACCAAUGCGCACUUAUCUGUGGCUCAGUCGCUUAAUGCCACGUUGUGAUCACACACCAGAUUUUAGCAAGAAGUUAUUAUAGAAGAAGUACCAGAAGAGUGAGCAGGGAGGAAAAACUGAAGUAGAUACAGUUGUGAUCAGAGGUUUACAUGUACUCAUCGUGGGCAUGUGUGUCUCUGUAAUUUAGGGCCUUUAAUGAUUUCUUUGAAUUCGAGAUUUUAAUGGGUGGGAUGAUUACACAGCAUACAUGUUUCAUUGGAAUAUUUGGGAUUUUUGGUCAUUAGACAUCUACCAAUGACAGUGAAGAAUACUGUUGAUUGACAUAAAUAAAGUAGUGGGUCACCUAGGCAACCAGGACCUGAAAUGUCCACAAGUGACUAGGUGGCAACUUUAAAGCAAUAUAUGCCGUGAAAAUUGACCCCUUCCAACUGUACAUAUAUUUCACAUACAUCACAUUGGGAAGACAGGGAGAAAAAAGAACUCCACCCAGACUGAGCUCCUACAGGCAGUUUGAGAACAGAAAAAACACAGCAACACUGAGAGCACAUGAACACACCAUACAACAGAAAGGACGGGCAUCGGAGGCAUUUGGAGGGGAGGAGGGGGAUUGUACAUCUGUCUGUCUAUAUAUUUGAGCCUGUACAUAUACUUUUGACUUGUGGAUUAGAGAAAAUCCAAAGUAAAUUCAAACUUAAGAUGAGAUAACCUUUAUUAGUCCCUUGUGCACCUAAAUAUUUUUUUAAGUCAUAAAAGACGCUGUAAAAGUCAUUCCACCCAUUAAAAAGUCUAGUUCAAAGAAAUCAUUAAAAGCUCAAAAUUACCAUGACAUUCAUGCCUAUGAUGAGUGUAUAUAGUUCUUCACUACAAUUGUUUCUGUACUGUCACAGUCAGAAAACACAUUUUUCCAGCUGUUAAUGAUGCUUUGAAAAGGUUAUCAUAUAUAUAUUUGACUGCCUUUUUAGGGUCUCAAAGGUCUAGAUUUUAAGCUGUGAACAGAUUUGGUACAAAAAUGUUAAGUUUUAAAGACAAUGAAGAAAUACAUGAACUCAGUUAAUGAGAGUUGAUGUAUUGCUAAGUUUAAAAACUGCUGAAGUAUUUUACUCUCUGCUUUCUUAAAACUGAAUUAGAGCAACAUCUAACCUCAAACACAUGCUUUGAGCACUGAAGAGUGUUUUAUAUUUUUUAAAUAAUCAGUCAGACUGCGGAGUGUGCUGUUUGUAUCGUUACUACAGGCUGACCUCUGCUGGAAGAAGGAAUGAGACUGUGAAUAACACUUUUUAAAGUAUAUAUUAUGGUUAAAAUCACUAAAAGAUUGUUACUUGUUUAUGUUUCACAUGGCACACUGCUAAAGCCAUACCACAUAAACAACAUUUUAAAUCAUUUUCUUUAUUAUAUUAUGAAUCUUGACUAAUGAAUGUGUAACUUUUGUUACAUGGUGAUCUGCACUCAUAUAUUGUGCUGUCAUAAAUAAAGCCAGUUUGUAACUUGA